CCCAAGUCGAGCCCCACCCGACCCAGCCCAGGCGGCGGCGACUCCCGACGGCAACCAGCUAGGGCGUCGUACGCGUCGGCGCCACCACCGGAACGGAGGGAAGUUGCCGGCCGCGUGCACGUGAGCAGCAGCAAAACCACCGCUGCUCUCCCGCCCUCCUCUCCCGGCUCCCUCCUCCUGGUAUCGCUGCAGCAAUCGGCCGGCCUCCGCUCCUCUCUCCCUCCUCCCUGUAUCGCUGCAGCAGUCGGCCGGCCUGCCGCCGCUCCUCCUCCUGCCGUCAGGCGGCCGCUCGGCUUCACUCCGGGUGGGCAUCUCCUCGUUGUUCUGCCGCUGCUGAGGGCUGAAGUGCUCGCCCACAGUGAUGGAAGGUACUAGCAUUGCUAUCGAGAUUGAUGGCGAGGCUAUCUGUCUUGACAGUGUUGGAGAUGAUGAACAGGAAGCUCAGGAGAAUGGAGAGAUGCAGCAAAUAAUUUACAGUGCUGAAAAUGGGGAGCAAAUGGCCUUCGACCACCAAGAACAGGGAAGGGAAGAGCCCGCAGGAAAUGAAGAGGAUAGGGAACAUAGUUCUAUAAUCCCAAGCCGUGAGGAGUUGACCGAAGAAUUGCGGAAUAAAGUUGCAUAUAGUGAGGAAGAAGCUUACAGGCUGUACUGCGACUAUGGGCACCGUAUGGGCUUUAGUGUUCGAAAGGGAAAGCAAUACUACUUUACAGGAACCAAAACCAUCCGUACAAAAGAUUAUUACUGCUCAAAAGAAGGUUUGAAGGAUGACGAGCAGCUUACUGAGGCAAACUUUAAUAAGCCAGAGACCAGAACUAAUUGCAAAGCGAUGGUCCGUUUUAGAGUUGAUUCUGAAGGUCAAUGGCGAGUUAUUCAGAUAAUUCCUGAACACAAUCAUGAUUUGGUUAGGCCAGAAGAGAUACACUUACUGAGAUCAGUGAGGACCCUUUCAGUCCCAAAGCCUGGUGUGCUGAAUGCAAUGGUGAAUGCGGAAAUCCAAGCAAUGCAUGACAGUUUGCAUAUAAAUGAAGAUGGUGCAGAAUGUCACAGCCAGCUUAGCAUCCGUAGUUACACACUGCUUGAACCAGAGGACUGUGAGGCCCUUGUUGGAUAUUUCAAGCGCAGAGCAAAUGAACAAGGUAUGUUCUAUUGGGAUGUAGAAGUAGAUCAAGAAGGUAGAAUGGCUAAUUUCUUCUGGAGGGAUGGGAGAAGCCGGGUUGACUAUGACAGUUUCGGAGAUGUUGUGAUGUUUGAUACAUCACAUCGUACCAACAAAUAUAAUAUGAUAUGUGCCCCAUUUGUUGGUGUGAACCACCACCGUCAAAAUGUCAUGUUGGGAUGUGCAUUUUUGUUGGAUGAAUCACCAGCAUCCUAUGAAUGGUUGUUCAAGUCAUUCUUGGAGUCAAUGGGUGGUCGUCCUCCUAAAACAAUUUUUACUGAUCAGAAUGAAUCAAUCUCCAAGGCAAUUGCUGAUGUUCUUCCUGGGACACGUCAUUGUCUUUGUCAGCGGUUCAUUGAAAAGAACCUGCAGUCCCAUUUAAGCACUAUCAAUGAUUCUGGAACAUUCCAUAGCAUGCUUUCAAAGUGCAUGAGAGAAUGCGAGUCAGAAGCAGAGUUCGAUGAAGCAUGGGCCAUGAUGCACCAUGAAUAUAACAUGCAAGAACACCAGUGGCUCAGCGAUCUGUAUCAGCAGAGGCAUAAAUGGUGCACAGCUCUUCAUAAGGAUGCAUUUGAUGGUGGGAUUGAAUCAUUGGAUAGGAAUGAGGGUUCAAACAAUGUUCUGAGCAGCAUUGACGAUGAAUCAACUUCACUUGCCACCUUUGUUCAUGAGCUGGAUAAAAUCGUAGGGAUUUGGCGUAAAAAUGAAUCUCUAGAGGACAUUCAGUGCAACAAGGCUGGUCCGGAGUGUACAGUUAAGCAUAGCAGAAUUUUGCAACACGCUGCUGAAGUUUACACGCACAAGGUCUAUAAGUCUCUUGAAAAAGAUUUUCUAGAUGGAUGCGGUGCAACUUCGUAUCAGGAAGUUCAGUGUGACGAAAAAUUGUAUAGGUUUGAGUUCAUUCUGCAAAGAAGUGGUCCAAAAGUUUGGGUAGUUUUCCUUAACACCUCGACCAUGGAGUUGAGCUGUAGUUGCAAAAAAUUUGAGACCAUGGGCGUACUUUGUUCACAUGCUCUAAAUGCACUCGGUCUCAAGAAUGUUGAUAGGAUUCCUGAAAUGUAUAUUUUAAAGCGAUGGACAAGAUAUGUCAGAAAAGGAACAUAUCCAUUUCCAGUUGAUGGAUUUGCAGAACAAGAUCGCAGCUAUGCGUUUAUGUACCGUAACAGAGCUAUGAGGUUUGUUUAUGAUCUAUUGAUGAAGAGCAAAAGUCAUCAAAAUACAAGAAAACUAAUUCUGGAUGUGCUUGAGAGCGGAGAAAAAUCGCUGGAAAGUGUGUGUGAACUCAAAAGAUUGCAUAUGCAUCCCUUGGGAAAAGAGAAAGAUGGAAGUAGGGUUGAAAAGAGGAAGAAAAAAUCAACUAAACAAGAGAAACAUCCAAGAAAUGUAAAACAAGUGGUUUUACCCCAGCCAGCUGGCUCGGUUUUUGUCGAUCCACCGAAUCAAGAUCAAUAUUAUGCAGCGGAAGAUAUUGCAUCGAACUCAUCUAUUGGUAGACCUUUCUUCUACCAGGGAUAUCCUGCUACUGGUGUUUCAACAAGUCAGAUUCAAGGGCAUACAAAUAUGCAAUCAGUGCCUCAGUGUGCAUCACAGGAAUAUUCAGCAUAUGCUGCAGUUCAGCCACCAUCGCAAUUUGGUGGUGAAAGAAAUUUCUGAAGACGCAGUACCAUUGAUGUGUGAAUAUCUUGUUGUAUCCCUUCUACUGAUUGUUGUGUCUUGUAUGUGAAUGGUUUAUUGAACCUCCUAGUUAGGCAGUAGGCAUCAACCCAGCAACAGCAGAUAUAGGUUUCUCUCUUCCUUUUUUGUGAAUUUGCUAAUUGAUGUACUAGAUGUAAAUCUGUUGUUCACUUGUAUGGUAUGGAAACAUCGUGUUAUAGUAAUUGACCUCUCCGCUUCUUGCUAAUGAUUACAUCAAAUUCAACCAA